AUGGGCCCAUGUCAGUACGCUGAUCCGGGCGUCGUCGUGCGAGGUCUUAGUCUAUGGGACAAAAAGUGCCGGCUCUGUAGACAUCAAAGGAUUAGUUGUACGGUUCCAUCGUCGUGCGCUUGGCAUCCUGAGGAAUCUAUAUAUUUUCAAAUAUUGAAGAAGGAGCGCUCAGAUAAUGAACAAGAGCAGAAUAAGCUCUUAAUAAAGGAGAACGUAGAUGACAUUAUUAGUCGAUGCAAGUGGAAACUUCUUGCAGCAAAGAGGAUAGAAUUGUGUAUAAAGCAGCGAGAAUGCUUCUGGAAAAAUACCAUUCAUCCCACUGAUCCACUAGCUUCUGGGGUGCUAGACCUGACAAAGUUGGGUGAUUCUCAUAUGGAUCAGUUGCAAGAGGACGUUGUCAAGUCGUUAACUGCCAGCAUCUUUGUAAAAGAAGUCAAUCUGCCGAAUAAGGCAGAACUGAAUCAGUACCAUGCCUGA